AUGAAUGGUGUGGGGCAUCCCAUCAGCCUGGAUGAGCAGGAAAGUCGCAGAUUGUCUGGCAUGGCCCACGGCACUUUGAGUGAUGCUCUGGGCCAUUUGGAAGGGUUCAACAGUGGGCAGCAUGGAUGGACAAAUCUUGGCAGUGACGGCGAUGUGAAGCUUUUCUCGCAGAACGUUGGGGCGAGCCUGCCUUUGUUUCUGGGACAGCUGACGGCAAGCUCAGCCUCAGCAGCCUCAGCAAGCGUGGCCGACUUGACAGCUGUCAUCCUGUCAGAUGCCUGCAGACGGUUCUGGGAUCCGAGUUAUUUGGCCAGUCACGUGCUGUGUACUUGUGGCGACAGCAGGUCAGCGGUUCUAUGCACUGAACAGAAAGGAUCACCUGUCAGUGCCGCGGCGCUCUGGACAAACGUGUGUACCGCGCGGCAUGUUCGAAAAGAGCAGGGUGAGCGCAUCACAUACGCUGCUACAUCAGUUCCCAGUGAUUUCCGGAAAAAACAUCAAAGAACCUUGUCCAAAUGGGGUCGCGACAAGAAAGAGUUGAUAACCAAGAUUUGGGCGAUGGAUGUGCUGCGCACACAGGACCAGGUGCAGUUUUCCUUCAUGCUUCUGAGUGAGGCUUCCUCAUUUCUUCUUCCGAAUUUCAUGCUCAAGCAAGUUCUGGCUUCCUGGCUUGGUGUUUGUGUGAACUCGGUUUGGAGAAUGUCGACGUCGGGAAUGACCCCUAAGGGAAGCAUCUGCUUGGCUCCCACCACAGAUGAGGACGACGCAGAAAUGAUUAUGCUGGGGUCACGGCAGCUCCCGGUGUCUGGCCCUGUCAUCAUACAGUUGGCAUCUGAAAACGGGAGCGGAUGA